AAUUUAUGUAAAAACGGUUUCUCUGUGGGAAACCAUAAAGUUGCUGAUCACUGUCACUUAUCGGGUAAAUUUCGACAAACAUUGUGUAAUACCUGUAACCUCAAGCUUCAAACACCAAAUUUUGUACCAUGUUUUUUUCACAAUUUAUCGAAUUAUGAUGCACAUUUUAUUGUAACUGAACUCGGUCUCGAUGUGAAAAAAAUUUCUGUUAUACCAAACAGUGAAGAAAAAUUCAUCUCAUUUUCAAAACACGUUUCCAACAACUUUUCAAUACGGUUCAUCGACACAUUAAGAUUUAUGGCUUCAAGUUUAUCAACACUCUCGGACAAUUUAUUAACACCAGGGUUCGAAAAGUUUAGAGAAACAGCUAAACAUUUUAAUACCGCAGACUUGCCACUCGUUACUCGUAAAGGUGUUUACCCUUAUGAGUAUACGGAUGGUUGGAACAAGCUGGAGCAAACCAAUUUACCAGAGAAAGCAGAUUUCUACAGUACACUAACAGAAUCAAAUAUACAAGAAGAAGAUUAUGAACAUGCAAAAACUGUUUGGAGUCACUUUGGAUGCAAGACUUUGGGUGAAUACAGUGAUCUAUAUCUGAAAAUUGAUGUUUUAUUGUUGGCUGACGUGUUUGAGAACUUCAGAGACCUAUGUUUAACCACAUACUGUUUGGACCCAUCUUUUACUAUACAGCACCAGGAUUCUCCUUUGAUUGUAUGUUAAAAUAUACCAGAGUCAAAUUAGAGUUACUCACAGAGUAUGAUAUGCUGUUGAUGAUUGAAAAGGGAAUUCGAGGCGGUUUGACACAAGCAAGUAUGAGGUAUGCUAAAGCUAAUAAUGAAAAGACCCCAGAUUAUGAUCCAACAAAGUCCAAAUCAUGGUUAAUUUAUCAAGAUUGUAAUAAUCUAUACGGUUGGGCAAUGUCACAACAUAUGCCCUAUGGUGGUUUUAAGUGGGUUGAACCUAAACUAGAAGGGCUGAAUGAUUUGAACGAUACAUCACCCAUCGGACGGAUAUAUGAAGUUGACAUUACUUAUCCGAAAGAACUCCAUGAUAAACACAACGACUUACCUUUCCUACCACAAAACGGUAUCCCAGUUGGUUCAAAAGUUAAAAAAACGCAUGGCACCACUUCAGUCGAAAAAAAACUAUAUUAUUCAUUACCGAAACCUCCAACAAGCUAUAGCCAAUGGACUCAUAGUUGA